AUGUCUUCAUCAACAAGCAAGAUCGCUCGCCCGGCACCGUUCACUCCCAAGCGCAACCUCUCCCUCGCCGGUGGCGACGAUGACUCCCGCCUCCCACGCUCGACAACACCCAGCCUGCUCAACACCACCAAGAAGUACAAGGCCCCGCUCUCUGUCGAGUCCCGCACUCGUAACAAACCCGGUUCCAUCUCCGUCCCCCAAACACCCUCCCGCAGCAAGAGCCGCGAUGGGUCGCUAGGCCGUCCCAAAACGCCAGUCUCUCCGCGAAAGGGGUCAGAAAGCCCGUUCCUCAUGCCGAAUGUGAGCGAGAUGGACGUGAGCCGUGUGGAUCCCGAAGAGGCGUUGGUCGACUUCGAGAAGGUCACCGAGGCUGGGGACAUCUCAGUGGAUGAGGUUGAGGCUUUGUUGGGUUCAGAUUACGGAAAGGAGGACAAGGUGCUGGUGUCUGUCAGAGUUCGGCCCUCGAACAACCCCUCGGCCUGGGAUCUCAGUACCUCAACAAGUCCGAAAACAAUCAAGCUCCAACGAGAACACGCGAAGACUGCCGCGACGGUCUCUCAAGACUUCCGCUUCGACGAGGUCCUCACCGGCUCCGAGAACAAGCCCGUCUAUAACGCCGUUGCUCGCAGUCAUGUCUGUGCAGCCAUGGACGGAUUCAACGCCGUCAUCUUUGCGUACGGGCAGACGGCCAGUGGCAAGACAUUCACACUCUCCGGAGAUGAAGACCAGCCCGGUAUUAUCCCGCGCGCCAUGAAGGACGUCUUCGCGUACAUCAAACGCCAGCCCUCGCGCGAGUACCUUCUCCGUUGCUCCUACCUCGAGAUCUACAACGAGGCGAUCCACGACCUCCUCGCCCCGCCGUCCUCCUCCGUCUCGCAGCCAGUCCAGAUUCAGGGCUCUGGCGCGAACGUCAUCCUCACCCCACUCCGCGAGGAGGUCGUGACGUGCCUCAAGGGCGUGCACGAGGUCCUGCAGCGGGGUGAAGGCAACCGGCGCACGGCGAGCACGGACUGGAAUGAGCGCAGCAGUCGCAGUCACAGCGGAGCGGGGAGCGGUGAUGAAGUGCCUAGUGGGCGGACGACGCCUGGCUUCAGGCCACCCACACCUGGUGGCCCGCGGCUGCAGGCGAGGGGUGGGAGGACUGUUCAGACCUCUGUGCUGAGCUUGAUCGAUUUGGCGGGCUCAGAGAAAGCAACAUCUGACAAGGAACGCACAAGGGAAGGCAAGUACAUCAAUACCAGUCUGCUCACCCUGGGCUCGGUCAUUUCCACCCUCGCCGAGAACUCGGCGAAGGGCAAAAGCGACCACGUCCCGUUCCGCAACUCGAAGCUGACACGCAUGCUCCAACCGUCUCUCUCCGGCAACGCCAGGAUAUCCGUCAUCGCCACCAUCAACCCCGACGCGAGCGCCGUCGCCGAGUCGACGAGCACCCUCCUGUUCGCGCAGCGCAUCAAGAAGGUGCAGCUCCACGCGCAGAAGAAGGAGGUCGUCGACACCGACGCGCUGCUCGAGCGCUACCGCAAGGAGAUCGAGGAGCUCCGGAAGCGGCUCUCGGAGAAGGAGUCCGACGCGGCGGGCCCCGCGGGCAAGUCGCGCCGGCUGUCCGCGCGCGAGCAGCUGGACGAGAGCCUGGCGAUGCACAACCUGAACGCGCGCAUCAAGCAGCUCACGAAGCUCAUCCUCACCUCGCAGACGGUGGACGAGAACAGGGGGGACGAGUCGCGGCCCGCGAGCCCGGUCAAGGUCGACUUCGACAUGUCGCCGUACCAGCUCCAGCAGGAGCUGCUCGCGGCGCGCCGGGAGAUGGAGACGCAGGCGACGCAGAUCCUGUCGCUCGAGGCGGCGCUGCUAGCGCGCCCGCAGCUGCCGCCGGACGCGCCGGAGGGCGAGAAGGACCGGGUGCUGGGCGAGCAGGCGAAGACGAUCCGCGAGCUCGAGAUCGUCGUGAAGGGGUACGAGGAGAACCUCGGGGAGCCGCUCCGCGCGGUGCGCGAGGACGUCGAGAAGGAGUGGGCGGAGCGGCUCGAGAGGGAGGUGCGGCUCCGCGAGGAGAAGGAGGUGUGGGCGGACGAGCUCGUGAAGCAGCUGGAGAAGGAGCGCAGGACACGCCAGAAGCUCGAGGAGGAGCGCCAGGCGCUUGCUGCGUUCGUGAAGAAGUUCGACUCACUUGGCCUGGGCAGCCCUAUCGCUCCUGCGAAGUUCAACCCGCCCAUGCCUGCGCCUGGGGGCGCAGCCGCCAUCUUUGCGCAGCGCCAGAAGACUAAGGGCUCCUUGCUGAAGGCGGAGAACAUUAUGUCUCCGCUUGCCGAAACUGACUCUCCGGUACGACUGGUCGUGGAAAACACGCCGCCGAGUCUCCUUGAAGAGGAGUGGGACGGCGGUGAAGACGACAGUAUAGAUCUGGAGAAGACGAGCGUGUCCAUGUCCCCACCGAAGAGCCCGUUUCUGUCGCGGAAAGGGUCGCAGAGUCCCACGAGGGAGGUGUUAGGACAGAAAGAGAACGUGCCUGUGUAG